AUGGCAGGCAAAGCUCACAAGUCUCUGAAUGUUUUCAAAAAGCCCCUGGGCCUCUUCAGCAAGGAGCCCAUGACAGGCUUCUACGGUAACGGCUACUGCGACGUCGGUCCAGAUGACACUGGUAACCACUCCGUAGCAGCAACCCUCACAGACCCCUUCCUGGACUUCACCGCCUCCCGCGGAAACAACCUACGGUCCAUUGGCCUGACAGUGGGCUGCAAAUGGUGUCUCUGCGCCCGGCGCUGGAAAGAAGCGUUCGACCACGCCAGCCAGCAGACUGAUCAAGCAAGCGAGAGCGUGGUCCCGAAAGUCCAUUUGCAUGCUACGAGCGAGAAGGCGUUAGAUGUGGUUAAUAUGAAGGAUCUGAAGAAAUAUGCCGCCGAGCCGGAGGUGGUGAAUGCGAGCAAUGUUGCACAGAGCAGGAAAGGAGGGAUGGGUGGUGCGAUUAAAGAGCGGACGGAGUUGGCGAAUAAGGAGGAGAUGACGGGUAGGGAGUAGAAAUGAGUAGGAGGGAUUGGACCUUAGGAAAAAGAGAUUGUUGCUGUUCAUCUUACUGCAGAGAAGAUGGCAAAAGCUUCUUCCUUCUCAUGAUCCAGGGGAUGGCUUCUUUGAAAGUGCAUGUGUUGGUGCGCGAGUGUUCAAUAGAAGUGCCUUGUUCACGAUGUAGUCUGAUUCUGGGAUUGAUGAUGGUGUGGACUGGGUUCCGAUCAGGCACGACUAAGUUGUUUUCUCUGCGACGAAUUUAGAUUUCGGGAG